GUGCGUGGCAGACCCCGAGUCGGGCUGGUAUCAAGAGAAGACGAAAGAUAAAACAUCUGGAACAUAAAGGGCAUAAUGCUAGAUGAAACAAAGCCACUGCGCCGUCUCUUCUCCUUCGCCGUCCACUUUGGGUUCCCCUCAGAGAGAAAUAAGUGGGCCACUCGGAACUCCUCGCGGAUUUUCGUCUGAGAAGCCUGUGGUACCGAAGUUGCCUCUCAAGUCCUCGCUAUGGAUCAGUCCGUCGCAAUUCAAGAAACUUUAGAAAGGGAAGAAAACUGCAUUAUAGCUGUCCAAUGUGAUGUCCUUUUUGAUGAUAUCACAGAAAGUAGACUGCUGGGACUGGUGGAAUGUGCUAAAGAACAUGCAAUCUUUAUUUAUACUCAUCGAAGAAUGGCCAUUACAGCUGAUGAUGUAUCACUAGAGGACAUUAUCCCCAUCUCCCUUGACUUUACUGUUGUCGAAGUUUCCUCACCGGAUGAACUUGUGGUUGUGGGCACUGAUACCAGAGUGAGAAUAAGCUACAGAGAUGAAGAGGUAGAGCUCAGACUUCCUUUUGGGUCCCACUCUCGGCUCUUCCUUGGCGAAGUCAACAAGGCAUGGAGUGAUGUUUGCAGAUCUUCCAUGCAGGUACCCAAGUUUGAGUGGACUGACAAAUACCAGAAAGCCAUGAAAAGCCGAUCGGCUGUCAAACAACCCCUUGCGCCCAAGGGCACAACUCCUAUUAAAUACAAUCAGAAACAGAGAACAGAAAAAUCAUCAGAUAAAAAGGGAACAUUGGAAGAGGAAAAAGGUUCCAACAGUGGCACACAGCACAGAUCAUUUUCCAGCCCAGAAAGUCAGGGCAUCUCUAGUCGAGAAGACCGUGAUGACCUGGUGCGCUCGUCCAGCCACACCACAUCAAACAAAGCUCAGAUAUUGGCCAUGCCGCAGUUUGGCCUCCGUGACAACCUCAUAAAGUGUGAGCUGCUGAAAAAAGAAGACGUGUACACCUAUCUGGAGCACUUCAGUUUUUUUCUUGGCACGUACAAUGUGAAUGGACAGACACCAAAGGAAAGCCUCCGUCCUUGGCUGAGCUGCACUUUCAACCCUCCUGACAUGUACUGCGUGGGUUUUCAGGAACUUGACCUCAGCAAAGAGGCUUUUUUCUUCAGUGACACCCCUAAGGAGUUGGAGUGGAUGAAGGCCGUGUCUGAGGGUUUGCAUCCAGAAGCCAAGUAUGCCUUAGUGAAGUUGGUGCGUCUUGUGGGUAUUAUGCUGAUCUUCUAUGUGAAGAAGGAGCAUGCAGAGUUCAUCGCUGAUGUGGAGGCUGAGACUGUGGGCACUGGUAUCAUGGGAAGGAUGGGAAACAAGGGUGCUGUUUCAAUCCGUUUUCGUUUCCACAAUUCUGAUAUCUGUGUCGUCAACUCUCACCUUGCUGCUCACGUUGAAGAAUAUGAAAGGCGUAAUCAGGACUACAAAGAUAUCUGCGGUCGUCUCCAGUUUCGGCAGCUUGACCCUACUCAGCCUCCACUCACAAUCAUGAAGCACGAUGUGGUUUUAUGGAUCGGGGACCUUAACUACAGAAUUAGCGACCUUGACGAUGACACUGUGAAAGACCUCAUUAGAAAGAAGGACUUUGAGACACUGCACACUUAUGAUCAGCUCAAGAGGCAGAUCGAUGAAGAGGCUGUAUUUGUUGGCUUUCAGGAAGGAGAGAUUGAUUUCCAGCCCACCUACAAAUAUGACACUGGCUCUGAUAAAUGGGAUACAAGUGAAAAGUGUCGCAUUCCUGCGUGGUGUGACCGGAUCCUGUGGAGAGGGAAGAAUAUCAAGCAGCAGUAUUACCAGAGUCAUAUGGCUCUGAAAACCAGUGACCACAAACCUGUCAGUUCCCUGCUCAUCAUUGGGAUCAAGAGAAUAAAUGCUGAGGAUUACAAGAAGACCUUUGAAGAGAUAGUACGCAAUAUAGACAAAAUGGAGAAUGAAUGUAUUCCAUCUGUAACUUUGUCUAAGCGAGAGUUCCACUUCAAAGACGUGAAGUUCAUGCAACACCAGGCAGAGACAUUGAGCCUCAUGAAUGAUGGGCAAGUCCCAUGUCAGUUUGAGUUUAUUCAGAAGCCGAAUGAGCCCACAUACUGCAAGCCCUGGCUCACAGCCAACCCUCCCAAAGGCUUCAUUCCUCAGGGUGGUACUGUGGAUAUUGAGCUUGAGGUUUUUGUAAACCGUUCGACAGCACCUGGUCUCAACUGCGGCAAGCAGCAGAUUGAAGACAUCCUGGUUCUCCACCUAGAGCGGGGCAAGGACUACUUUAUCUCAAUAACAGGGAACUAUCUGUCGAGCUGCUAUGGCACCUCUAUAUAUUCGUUGUGUCAGCUAAGGGAACCAGUUCAAGAAAUGCCACAAGAGACCCUCCGUGAGCUGGUUAGUUCCCCCUUGAAACUGCUAUUUCUCUCAGCGUUGCAGUUUUGUAACUGUAUUGAGUUUGUUUUAACCUUUUUGCUUUAUUUUUAUAAGGCUGAUGUGUCUCCAUCUGAGAAUACAGCAACCACUGAAAAGCCUCUCGACAUUCCUAAAGAGCUUUGGAUGAUGGUGGAUCACUUAUUCCGUUAUGCAGUCAAACAGGAAGACAUAUUUCAGCAGCCUGGAUUACGGAGUGAAUUUGCAGAAAUAAGGGAUUGUCUUGACACAGGGAUGCCAGAUUCCCUUCCGGGCAGUAACCACUCUGUGGCAGAGGCCUUGCUUCUGUUCCUAGAUGCCCUCCCAGAGCCUGUGGUCCCCUACUCUUUUUACCAGCAGUGCCUAGAAUACUGCUCUAAUGCCAGCCAGUGUGAGAAAGUUAUUUCCAUGCUACCUCAGUGCCAUAAAAAUGUGUUCAACUAUUUAGCUGCCUUUCUCCGUGAGCUCUUGAAGAAUUCUGCUAGCAAUCGAUUAGAUGUUGGCAUCUUGGCCACCAUUUUUGCCUCCUUGAUCCUGAGGUCACCUAGGAAGCAGGAUCUUGCAGAGAAGAGGAAGACUCAAGAAUUCUUUCAACACUUCCUGAUCCAAGGCUCCUCCUAAAUGGAGAGUUCAUUAUAUUUGCUAAAGCUGAACACUAAAACCUAUAAUGCCCAGUAUUUUAAAUAAACUGUAAUGAUUUAUUAUGAUUGCUGAUGGCUCUUUGUACAAACAUGUAGUAAUAGUGAAAUGAGAGAUGAGUAUUAGUUUGAAAACAAUUCUUAUUUUCUAUUGAUGCACAUUUUAUUGUAUAUCAUCGAUCAUCUGUAGAAGCCUAACAGUUUUUAAUGUAUAUGUUUUAUUUAAAUAAUAAUUUGUAUUUUAAUGUUUCUGAUCUCUGU